UCUUUGCUCGUUCAUAUCUAGUUCUUAUUCCUAAUAACAUUCAUCCUGCUUCCAGUUCUAGGCGGCAUGAUACUGGGUCAUGCCACUGCUAAAAUUCGCCGCUGAUACUGGAUCAGAGGUCUGUAUGGCGUCAACCAAAUAGUCAAUGCAUAUAUCAUAUCCUUCCUUCCAUAAUAAGAUAGCCCUCGUGGCUCUAGCUUCUGAGCGAUUAGGGGCUCACACGUGCGUUGCGCGCCCAAAGCUCUCUCCUCCAUCCAUUUGUCUGUUAUCGACUAUGUCGCAGCAGCAAGAGGCCGAAACCCCGAGGCAAAAGACCAAUGAUCUCCUUGCAGCGGGGGGUAACCUGGCGGUGUUAACUCUUAGAGGUGUCAAUGCUACCGCAGGUUGGUGUCCACCCUUAAAGGAUGCGACUAGUGCUGCGCUCUUCAUCUACGAUGAGGUUAAAAAGCUCAAGGAGAACGCAAAGGAAUGGACUGAUUUCGGUGAAUACGUAGCGACCACCAUGGCCAACGUAUCUUCAGCCAUAAAGUCCGAUGAUGUAUCAGCGGAAGAGGCAAAGCCAUGGGUGGAAAGUGCCACAGAGCUUGAUAGGUGAGUCUGUCCGUUCUCGUGGUCUUUGAUAUCGUACUGACAUCAAGUCCCAGCGCGCUACAGAAGAUUAAGUCCGAAAUUGAAAGACGGGAAAAAGUAGAGAAACGAUCGACUAUCAGAAAAACAUUCUCCUACUUGAGAGACCCGGGAAGAAUUAACGACCUAAAGAAAAAUUUUGACAA